AUGGGGAGCAAUAAGACAUGGCUCACAGAAGUCACACUGCUGGGGUUCCAGGUUGAUCCAGCACUGGAGGUUUUCCUCUUCGGGUUAUUCUUGCUAUUUUAUGGCCUCACCCUGGUGGGAAAUGGCACCAUCCUGGGGCUCGUCUGGCUGGACCCCCGACUGCACAGCCCCAUGUACUUUUUUCUCACACACCUGGCCAUUGUUGACAUGUCCUAUGCCUCAAGCACUGUCCCUAAGAUGCUAGCAAACAUCGUGAUGCAAAAGAAAACUAUCACCUUUGGUCCCUGCAUACUUCAGACGUUUUUGUAUCUGGCUUUUGCUGUCACAGAGUGUAUGGUUUUGGUGGUGAUGUCCUAUGACAGGUACGUGGCCAUCUGCCACCCCUUGCUGUACACCAUGAUCAUGAGCUGGAGAGUGUGCACUGGUCUUGCCGCUGCUUGCUGGGUAUUUAGCUUCCUCUUGGCUCUGGUCCAUAUUACUCUCAUUCUGAGGCUGCCCUUUUGUGGUCCACAAACAAUCAACCACUUUUUCUGUCAAAUCAUGUCAGUAUUCAAGCUGGCCUGUGCAGACACUAGACUCAACCAAGUGGUCCUCUUUGCUGGCUCUGUGUGUGUUUUAGUAGGACCCCUCUGUCUGGUGCUGGUCUCCUACACUCGCAUCCUCUUUGCCAUCCUGAGGAUCCAGUCCGGGGAGGGACGAAGAAAGGCCUUCUCCACCUGCUCCUCCCACCUCUGUGUGGUUGGGCUCUUCUUUGGCAGUGCCAUCACCAUGUACAUGGCCCCCAAAUCCAGCCAUUCUCAAGAACAGAGGAAGAUUCUAUCAUUGUUCUACAGCCUUUUCAACCCUAUGCUGAACCCCCUGAUCUACAGUUUGAGGAACGCAGAGGUGAAGGGCGCCCUGUGGAGAGCACUGUGGAAACAGAGAUCCCUGUGAGGGGUGGUUUUGAAUAUCCUGGGUAUGUGAGCUUGGUCCUUGUGAUUCUGUCUCCCUAAAUGCCAUUCUGAGUCCCAGAAUUCACCACCUCAGUGUUCUCUAUUUUUAGACUUCCUAUAAAAUGAGAAAAAUAAAUCUUCUUACUAUUGAAGCCAUUUUAAGUGUGGUCUUC